AUGAGUUUAAAACCACAAAUCCUAUCAAAGUUGACAUUCAUCCCUUCCAUCAUGAGCAAUCCUCAUGCAGAUGAAAGAGAGAAGUGUCAAAAGAAGAGAAAAUCCACCAUAUGUGAGUCCUCUAGCCUUAGGACACCAAGGAGAAGAUAUUGCAACAACAAAAAUGAAGAAGAGAUGAACACGGAAGUUUCAACAACAUUGAAGUUUUACGAUGACCCAUGGAAGAUCAAGAAGACAAUAACUGAUAGUGAUUUGGUAAUCUUAAGUAGACUCUUGUUGGCUGCAUAUUUGGUCAAAAAACAAAUUCUUCCUAUAUUGGGUGUAGAUCAUGUAAGAGUUGCAGAAACCGAAGAAGGGUCCCCAGUUAGUGUUUGGGACAUGGACACAAAAUCCAUGCACCAACUCAUUCUAAAGCGAUGGUCUUCAUCCAAGAGCUACUUUCUUAUUGGAAAAUGGAACCAAGAUUUCGUGAGAAGAAGAGAUCUAAAGAAAGGUGAUGAGAUUGGUUUUCAUUGGGAUCCAUAUAAUUAUGUUUUCAAUUUUUGUGUUCUUAAACGAGUUAUUUCAGAGAAUUAA